AUGCUCAGAGUACUAGUCAAUGCUGAUAGUAAUGUGGAUACUGUGAAUUCUAGUCCAAGUGCUGAUAAUGAUGAUAUGGAUACUGUGAACGCUAGUCCCAGUGCUGAUAAUGAUGAUAUGGAUACUGUGAACGCUAGUCCCAGAGCUGAUAAUGGUGAUAUGGAUACUGUGAACGCUAGUCCCAGAGCUGAUAAUGGUGAUAUGGAUACUGUGAACGCUAGUCCCAGAGCUGAUAAUGGUGAUAUGGAUACUGUGAACGCUAGUCCCAGAGCUGAUAAUGGUGAUAUGGAUACUGUGAACGCUAGUCCCAGAGCUGAUAAUGGUGAUAUGGAUACUGUGAACGCUAGUCCCAGAGCUGAUAAUGGUGAUAUGGAUACUGUGAAUGCUAGUCCCAGAGCUGAUAAUGGUGAUAUGGAUACUGUGAAUGCUAGUCCCAGAGCUGAUAAUGGUGAUAUGGAUACUGUGAUGCUAGUCACAGAGCUGAUAAUGGUGAUAUGGAUAGAAUCUAGUCCCAGAGCUGAUAAUGGUGAUAUGGAUACUGUGAAUGCUAGUCCCAGAGCUGAUAAUGGUGAUAUGGAUACUGUGAAUGCUAGUCCCAGAGCUGAUAAUGGUGAUAUGGAUACUGUGAAUGCUAGUCAGAGAGCUGAUAAUGGUGAUAUGGAUACUGUGAAUGCUAGUCAGAGAGCUGAUAAUGGUGAUAUGGAUACAGUGAAUGCUAGUCAGAGAGCUGAUAAUGUGAUAUGGAUACAGUGA